UCCAGUCACAUUUUUGCCAGUCUUGGAUUUUGCAAGCCCGUGGGAGUCGGGUUCCCAGCUCAGGGUUUCCCCUGGUGGGGGCAGAGACGAAAGAAGCGAGGACACCCAGAAUCCGGGGAGGGUUUGCGGUUGGUGUUGUCCCAAGUGUGUUCUCGCCCCCCCCCGAACCCCCACGUCCCAGCCCCCAGCUCUCCACCCCGGUCUUCGGACUUGGGGAACAAUGCUCGUGGUCUGGGCCGGGGCGCCGCAGCAGCUACGAAUCGCGCGGACUGGUUUGCCCGGGUCUCUCGCGUUCGGACACCCCCUGAAGCCGAGCUUCUUCCAUCUGACCGCCCGGGCUCAUUAACACGUACUGUACUUAGGACGAUGGUGAACAAAGAAAAGCUCUUUGCAGCGUUUGAUGAAUGGGAUUCUGCCUCCUAUAGGCCACACUCCGAGUCUUCCAUGCGGUACAGUCUCCGGACUCGGUGGUGGUAGGAAAGUGGCCCCCGGAGUGGAUUGCAUUCCGGGUCCGGGAGCCUGGGGUGGGCAUUUGUGCCGCCGCCUUUGCCGCCGCGCUCGCCUCGUAGGAGCGGGUGCAGAUGGAGCCAGGCUGACGGUUGUUCAACAGGAACAAAUGUUUGUUGAAUUGUUGGAUGGUAGAGAAAAGGGACUGUUUCCUAUUGACUGCUGAGGAGUUGGAAUGGCAUUGUUUAUUGGCCUGGGAAGCCAGGCAAGCGUCUUGUGCUGCUUACAACAUAUUAGCAGACUUCCAAAUGACAUGCUAGCAUAUGUGUUCCCAGCAGUCCCCACCGGCUGGCAGGGAGAUUCCUCCUUGCUCCAGAUCCUGGACUCGUUUAAAAGAUGCCACCUGGUUUGAGGACUUGGGAAGGAAUGGCGUUAGCCAACCAGGUGAAACUCAGUGUUCCUUAUUAGGCCAGGCUUUGGUUUCAUUUAAAUGCAUCUACUUAAGAGUAACUUGUGUCAGUUACAGUUUGAUACUGAAUCGCAGGUCUGCAGGGUUUUUUUUUCCUCUUUGGCUGUGGACUACAUAAACAGCUACUUGUCCCAACUGAUAGUCCCAUUCAGUGGGAAGGUUUGGAUCAGGGUUGGUAGCCCUUGACUCUGUGUCUGCACUUGGCUGUCACCCAUCAUGCCACCUGGGAGUGUGCCGAUCCAGCUUCCAGGCCCUUUUUCAGGUUAGAAUCUAGUUAAGGAGAGGCUUGGGGAAGGCCUGUAUUUUUUUCUUCAAACGUGCCUUCAGAGAACGAGGCGAUUUGAAUUAAAAAAUAUUUGCCCAACAACUUCCUAUUUUUUUGAGAAGGUGAGAUUCAUGUGCAGCCAUUUUACUAUCAAUUUUAAAUAGAAACUAGCAACCUCGCUGCUGCAGAAGUGGACUUGAAUGUUCCAGUCUUCUCAGGACAAAGUAGAACAUCACUGCCUUCGUUCAUAAUGUUUUAAAUCAGUUUCUCCCUUCUCUUUUCAACUUAGGGUAUGUUGCACAUAACAUUUUGGAAGUUUCAUAAAGUUUUUUUGGAACGAGCUUCAUGAUACCUUAUUGUUGUCAUGGUGGUUAGGCUUCCUUGACAUUUUAUGGGAAGCCCUGUUAUAUUUCCUGGGCUCUUUCCCUUCCCGCUUGUUGAUUCCCUCACUGUCCCCUAGCCUCCCCAUCCCCCCGUUCUGUUGAAGCCUAGUGGGCUUGGGUUCCUUUAAGCAGGUCCAGUGAGCAGGCGCCUGACCCCUCAUUGAAGCUCAGGAAGGGCCAGCCUGCUCUCCUCCCCUUCUGGAGGCCGGAGAGGAGAGCUGUGUUUGAAUAUUAGGAGCUGGCAGCAGGGGACGCUGCAGAGCUCUUUUAAAAAGCACACCCUUCUCACCCACUGCUCAAUGCCCUGAGCCCUGAGGACUGAGCUCUAGGCCCACCUUCGGAUUGUUCAGUUGAUGUUUUAUCUGGGCAUCGUCACUUUCUGCCGUUAAAUUGCGCACUGUAUGGAAAACUUUUUGUUCUUGACCUUAAGUAAAAAGACUGAAAUAAGCAAAUACUCAGAUCAACACAACCCCCAUCGUUACCGCCACCAUGCACACCUCUCGGAUGUGUAAUAAAAGAAACCUGCAGGCGUAAUUUGUUAUGUAAUAUGCUGAUAAUACACGUUUCGGUUUUCGAUGGAAACCAGAUGUGGAGGGACUCUCUUUAAUUGAUCCAGCAAGGGGGAGACUAAUAGAUUAACUAGUCCUUGCAAACCCCAGGGGUGGUUUGUUUUGUUUAACUUCAGGGGAGAAUCCCAAGCUCAGGGCUUUGGAGAGGUUUUCACCCUCAGCUUCUGCUUUGCUGCAGCUGUCCUUUUUGUCAGACUCCUCCUCUCUUGAAAGAACCGGUUUGUUGCCAACGCGAAGCACAUGGCCGGGGCUGGUGGGGCUCGGGGAAGCUUAGCUCUGCUGGACUCUCCUCCUCCCUGCCUUGUCCGGCUGCCGCCCUCUUCUCCACUCUACCAAACAGGGUCUGACCAGGGACUUGAGUGCUGGGAGGAGUGCUGAUUGUUCUCCCUCGACGACUCCUGAAAUGUCCGUCCCAUCAUCCAGGGAGAGUUUCUCUUUAAACUUGUCCAGUGAAUACACUUUCCAAAAUCAUUGACUCUCUGAUAAUUUGUUUGUAUCCUGCCUAACUUUGAGGGUUCUUUUUGGAUGGCUGAGUCACCUUUAUUAUGGCCCAAGGUUGGGGACGGCACUGUAAUAGCCAACCCCAUUAACAGCAGUUUCAUCGCCUGCCGGGAGGUGAACUUUGGAAACAAACCCAGAGGCUUAGAUAUGCUGAUGUGCCCUGAGACUUGCUUAGAAAAUUUUUGUUGUAGCGAAGUUGACAUUAACAUGAUUAAUGACUGCGCCACUGAAAAGUCCAUAUUCAAAAGCAAUUUACCGUUCCCUAGGGUGGUUCUUGCAGUGAAGUAUUUUUCUUUGCCAAACAACUUUGUUUUAAGGUAACUUCUUUGAUGCUUCAUCCAAACCUCCUGUGCACAGGGUUUGGGGGCAAGAUUUGGGGUUCAUGUAUUUCAGGUCGUGGUUUUGUUGGUGCCUGUCUUACCGAACUUGGGUUGGGGGGAACUCAGAUUCUUAUCUAGGACAGUUCUCUAAGAUCCUGAGCGACGGAGUGAUGGGAGGAAAUCUUGCAGAGGAAACUUGGCUUCGGGGUGUCUCGGAGUGAUGCAAGGACGACAAGAUGCUCUUUUCUUCCCCUCGCGGUGAUUGGAGAUACUUGAGAGACGUCCUUGGGUUUUUCUUUCCUUUUCUUUCUUUUUUUUUUUUUUUUUUUUUUGUUAAAUGUGGGUUGAUUGAGAGGGGAAAUGCUGAUGGGUGGAUCUGAAAGCAGCCUUAGGAACCCGAGAAAAUACAAACACAUUUGAAGGACUCUGGAAGAUUUUGCAUUUCAAAGGGUCUACCUUGUAGAAUUUCACAUCACGUCAGGGGUUACAGAGAAGUGUGACAGGCACCCCCGCUUCUUUAAUGCUUCUCCGUCUCUCCUGCUGUGGGGGCUGCGCGGGGAAGCUGCCUUUUGCGUGGGGGGAUGGGGGACAGCUUGGCCAGACCACGCUGGAAUAGCAUGGAAACCACAUUGCCUCUUGGGCAUCUGUGAUCUCGGGAAGGACUCUUUCCACAGUGCCACUCUCAGGAGGGUGAAAGCAAAUCAUGUUGGUAAACAGCCCAUUUGACCCCAGAGUGCUGUGGCAGACUGACUCCUGACUUCUCCACCCACUCUUUCUGUUCUCUCAUUAAACAAAGAAACAGAUUCUUCCCCUGUGCUGCUAUAAUGUGAUUCCCAAGGAUUUAGCUGAAAUGGGUGCAGAUUGUUCACAGAAGAAUAGGAGCACCCACUGGUUGUUGAAGGCCCACCCCGGGCUGGGGCUUUGCGUACGCUCUGAUUCUCAAAGCAAAUCUGCAGUUAUAGCUGAGGCUCAGAGAGGCCAGGGAGCUGGCCCGAGGCCACAUAGCUGGAAGGCAGAAAUCCAGGCAGGAGUUCUAGCCCUUCAGAGCCUGCUUGCUUUCCCUACACCGGGUUGUGUUCACAAGAUAGAGGCACUGGGUUCUGUUUUAUCUCAAAGCAUACAUUUUGUUUAGUCUUGUUAACAACACAGGAAAACCUAGAACUUUUAACUGCUUUUUCCUCUCCACUCCCCUUUCCAAUGGCUACUUUUUUUUUUUUUUUUUUUGGAGUGAUUGAAAUCUGUAUGUACUAUAGGACCAAAGGCAGUGCCAUAGCCUGGGAGGCUGAGAUGUUUUGCCUCAAUCUCAGAAAAGGCAGAUUCACAAGAAAAUAUUUCCAUUGGCCUUCUGGGGGAAACAGGAAGUAAAUCACAUUUAUUCAGAUUCCAUUUUCCAUUCAAAGAGAUUCUUGAAAGCAUUUCCAACUUUUUUUUUUUUUUUUUACAUUUGUAAUUCAGAUGUCUCGAAGUAAAUUAUGAUGUGGUGUUUGCUGCUCCAGGUUUGUACAAUAUCACAUUUUGUUUACAUGCCUGAAGUAAUCAAGUAACUGAACACAAUUGUAUAUCCUCCAGCGUAACUGAACUUGGUCCGCCUCAGCCAGGGCUGGGCAGCAGCCCUGCAUUCUGUUUCAGACAGAAACAGGUUCUUUGCAGGUUGGUUCUGGGGUGUGAGUGUGUGCGUGUUUUGAAGGAAGAAUAAGGAGACCCAUCUCUAGCAAGGCCUGCCUGGCUGGACAUGCUGUCCUUUCUGCCCCUGAAGAGUUUGCAGGAGAGUUCUGGGGCCCCUGUGCUCUGAACUUCUAGAAGCUAGAGGAGUGGUUCUGAACCUUGGCUGCACAUUAGAGUCACCUGGGAAGGUUGAAAAAAAACUCAGAUGCCGAGGCUGCAUUCGGGACCAAUUACAUCACAGUCUUGGAGAGAGGAGGCAGCACCCCAGCAUUGGUAUCUUUAAAGUUCCUGAGUUGAUUCUCUUGUGCAUCCAAGACUGAGGAGUGAGGCGGUAAUAGACCCCAUGCAUACCCAGGGGUCGUCCCUUAGUCUCCCUAUUCCGUAGCAGGAGACUGGGGGCUUCCCUAUUCAAGAGCGGAGCAAACCCGUGGGGAUUUUCUGCCGCUGCUGCUAGGUCUUGGUGAAGUGGUGUCUGAAAGGCCCAUCCCGAGGGGAAGUGUCUGCUUGGCAUCAUCCAGGUCAUUCUGUUUCUGCUGGGCCAGCGUUCAGCACAGUCCCUCUGAACCACCUUCUUUCCAGAUUGAAGGGGCGGAUUUUACUCAGGCUGUGCUUUCAGGGCCGUUCUCCUGCAGCCCCUGCCUCCCUGCUGUCCUAGUGGUCUUGUUCCUUCUGGGGGUUUGGCACAUCGUGCCCCCCUGGGGCUCAGGGGAGGAAAGAUGCAGUUUGGUUCUCAGGCAUAUCCUGGCAACUCUCUGUGAGUGGUGAGUCUUUUUCACCCAGGUUGGCCGUGAAUGUCACUCUCAGGCACCUGGUUGUCCCUAACAGCUCAGAGCCUGUCUUCCUGUGAGCAUACUCAGGAUUACAUUUCAUAGACUUGUGUUUAGAAUGGCCGAGGGCCUUGGAGAGUGAGAGCUUCUUGGGUCUGCUGAUGUCAGCUUCUAGAAGAGAGGUCCAGGCCUUAAGAGGUGAGGCGAAUCUCCCAGGGUCAUGUAGCCAGUUCUCGAAGGUGCAGCCUCUGUCUCCUGAGUCCCUGCCCUACUGCUGUGCUCUCAUGACAUGGGACCUUAUGCCUGCUUUAGCGUAGACCAGCAGGUGAACUUGAUCAUUGCUCAGAGUUCAUUAGCCAAGUGAAAACGUGCUAUCCAUCCGCCCCCACCUGAGCCCCAGUGGAAGGUGCUGAAACCUUGUGAAGGUGAGCUUGAUGAAGAAGGUUUUGGCUUCUGUGCCAAAAGUGUCUCAGUCUGCCCAUCUGUGUCGUGGUGGUGGUGAGUAGUGACUAAGGGCUCUUUCUCCCCUGUUGGGAGUUGGGUUUGGGCCGAGCGAGGGGAGAAGAGGAGAAUUGCUAUUUUCCUCAGGGCUGCAAUUUCCACAUUCAUUCAGCAGACACUGACUGGACAUCUGCUAGGUGUCCAGUGUGGAGCCAGGCACUUUACUUCGUUAGUUCAUUUGAUCCUCAGCACAACCUGUGGCUGAGGGACGACCCCUGUUUCGUUGAUGAAAAUAUUGUGGCCUGGAGGAAUCGCUCACCCCAGGUGAGAAGGGGCAGUUGGGGUUUGAACUUGGCCCAGCCGCCCUCAGCCCUGUAUUAUUUCUGCCACGCCGUGCUGCUUUUCCAUCCGGUGCUCACUGGGGAGGAGAGUACCUGCUGUAAGACAUGUGCUUUGCCCAGUGGGCGCUCCCUGGCAACUCCUGCCUGGGUGCCAUGCUGUAACUGCUAGGAGGGGGCGUGGGUGGGCCUUCGAGCUCCUGGAGAGCUGGGCCUGUGCAGGUCCUGUCUGAGGCCAUUGUGUGUCCUGGCAGCUGGACUGUGCCUGUGCAGGAAGGUGGCUUUUGCAGGUUCCACUGCUGCUGCCUGCCCCCACCCCGCAGAGGCCACCCUCCCGCCCAGGCUGCCCGCCCAGGCUGCCCGCUGGCUGAAGCCUGAGCACCCUGACAGAGAAAGCCCAGCGGGGAGAGGCCUGCGGCCCUGACUGGAAUUCCCCUUGCUCUGGCAUUGGCCUUGGCCGUGGGCCUGGGAGUGGAGGGAGGUUCUGCCCGCAGGCUGGGAGCAGCUUCUCUGCAUGUGUGGAGGUGGGAAGCUGAUGUCCCCUGCAGCUGGCCGUCUCCAUGAUCUGGUGAGUUGACCACACUUGGCCAUUUCCCAGAAGGUCCCACCCCAAGGGGAUGUGGCCAAUAGGAAGCCGUUUCUGCUGACAUCAGUUCAGGAGGUACACAUCCCAAGUCUGCCCAAGUGAAGAUGGCUCAUGCCCGCCGUGGGAUGGAGCCCAGCGCCUGAGGUCCUUAUCAUGGUGAUGAUCCUAAGUGAAAGCCUCAGCACCCGGGGAGUGGACUCCAUCGCAUGCGGAACCUUCAGCCCUGAACUGCACACGCCAAAGAAGAUGAGUCAAGGACCUACACUUUUCUCUUGUGGAAUUAUGGAAAAUGACAGAUGGCGAGACCUGGACAGGAAAUGCCCUCUUCAGAUUGACCAACCAAGCACCAGCAUCUGGGAAUGCCUGCCUGAAAAGGACAGCUCACUGUGGCACCGGGAGGGAGUGACCGCCUGUGCUGUGACCAGUCUGAUCAAAGACCUCAGCAUCAGUGACCACAACGGGAACCCCUCAGCACCCCCUAGCAAGCGCCAGUGCCGCUCACUGUCCUUCUCCGAUGAGAUGUCCAGCUGCCGGACAUCAUGGAGGCCCUUGGGCUCCAAAGUCUGGACUCCCGUGGAAAAGAGACGCUGCUACAGCGGGGGCAGCGUCCAGCGCUAUUCCAAUGGCUUCAGCACCAUGCAGAGGAGCUCCAGCUUCAGCCUCCCUUCCCGGGCCAACGCGCUCUCCUCCCCCUGUGACCAGGCAGGACUCCACCACCGAUUUGGAGGGCCGCACUGCCAAGGGGUGCCAGGCUCAGCCCCCUGUGGACAGGCAGGUGACACCUGGAGCCCUGACCCAUACCCCAUGGGAGGGGGCCGGCUGGACCUGCAGCGGUCCCUCUCUUGCUCACACGAGCAGUUUUCCUUUGUGGAAUACUGUCCUCCCUCAGCCAGCAGCACACCUGCCUCAACGCCAGAGCUGGCGAGACGCUCCAGUGGCCUUUCCCGCAGCCGCUCCCAGCCAUGUGUCCUUAAUGACAAGAAGGUCGGUGUUAAAAGGCGGCGCCCUGAAGAAGUUCAAGAGCAGAGGCCUUCUCUAGACCUUGCCAAGAUGGCACAGAACUGUCAGGCCUUCAGCAGCCUCAGCUGCCUGAGCACAGGGACGGAGGACUGCAGCCCCCAGAACCCCUUCGCCUGCCACGUCAGCACCACCAGGGCCUGGACCGCCCUGCUCUCAGCCUCCGGCCCAGGGGGCAGGACCCCUGCUGGGACCCCAGUCCCUGAGCCUCUUCCCCCUUCCUUCGACGACCACCUCGCCUGCCAGGAGGACCUGUCCUGUGAGGAGUCAGACGGCUGCGCCCUGGACGAGGAUUGCGGGAGGAGAGUGGAGCCGGCCACAGCCUGGAGGGACCGCGGGGUCCCCGGGAACAGCCUCUGCUCCCUGGACGGCGAGCUGGACAUCGAGCAGAUAGAGAAGAACUGAGGGGUGCGAGCCCAGGUAGGGCUGGGUGUGCUGGAAUCCACAGCCCUCCCUCUGGGCACUAGGUGGGCCCUUGAAGGGGAGCCCAACUCUUGGGCCUGAUGAAAGCUUCCUGAGCGGUGUCGGGUCCCAGAGAGGGAGCCCACCCGCUGCCUGGGGGAGAGCCUGGCCUGGCCGCGCCACACAGCUGGGUGUUAGCCUCUCGCCGGCUCCCCGAGCGUGGCAGCCACCAGGUCCUUGGAACUGCCGCAGCCCAGGGAGCAGCUUCGGAGUCUGGGUAUUUUCUGCCUUUUUCCUCGAGGGAUGUUGGGCAGUCUGUUGCUCCCGGCAGAGCUGGGCACCGCUCUGGAUCCCCCUGGUGGGGGCGGUCAGGGAGGGCCUGGGGUGGGGGCCGGGGGCCAUCUGCUGCAUCAGGGCCCUUCGUGGCCUCGCUCAGGUUCGCUUUUGGGGAGUUGGCCCCACAGCUUCUUUCACUCAGUUCUAUUCCGUGCCUUCUCUCCCGGGGCUCCCUGCUUCAGGCUUGGGAAGGUUCGGGAGAUGCUUCUUUCUGUAACCCCAGAACCAUUUGGCCUUAAUUCCAAGUGUGAGAGACAGAAUCCCUGGGGUACUGGACCGGCCCUCCAGAGGGUGAGCCUGUGUCCGGAGUCUCAGGCCCAAGGAGCAGCUUGGAGGGUGCUGGUUAGGGGCCUUCCAUGCUGGGUGGAAAUUUGGUGGAUCUGUUGGCUGAAAAGACAGACUCACUGCGCCUCCCGCAGCAUGGAGAGCCGGGCCCCGUGGUUCCGCCACCAUUGAGGCAGGUUAGCAGAUGGCAGCCCUUCUCUGUGGCUGGCUGGUCACUGAGUGAUCAACGUGGUUGAUUCCGGUGAGUGUAGGGAUGGCGCGAUACCAGGGGGUAUGUCUUGAAAAUGACCUGGGGAGACAGGAGCUGCGAGCGGGUGCACAGACGCAGGAGCUGUGCAGUCAGGAGCGAGGGCCGUCCGCUGUCCGCUCUGCGGGGGCCCCUGCAGGGUUCCAAGCACCUCCCAUUUGUUCUUGAGGACUGCUGGCUGUAACCAGGGUGUACCACCCACCCCAAGACAAGCCCACACCCUUGUCAGCCUAGGGGGAGCCCAGUUCUGAAGGCUGUGUCUCUGCCGUAGGCCCAGCCACGGGCACAAAGCUGGAUUCAUACUCCCCGCCCCACCCCUCUCCCGCCCUGGCUCCCUAUCUGGGGGCCUCCAAGGAGCCUGGGCCCCUGAGGGCUUGCUCUCGGGCAGCUCCUCUCCCUGCCAUGCAGACACCAUCACAUGGGCUCUGCACUAUGGGAAUCUGGCUUUUAGCGAACUUGGCGUCUUCCGCAGACAAUAGCAAUCGGGCUGGCUUAGGAACAAGUGGCUCAUUUUCCCAUAAGGCUAAAAAUAACUGGCGCGCUCCUCGCGUUGGCUGACAUGCGUUAAAAGCACUUUUGUAGACACUUUGCUUUUGCUCGUCUUCCAUGGACGAGUGAAUGCCUCGCUUCUGCAGGUCGAGCCCAGGUGGUUCUCACCCUCUUUCUCCUAAAGAGAAAGAUGCUUUUUGGGAAA